UUCUAAAAUUUUAUUUGAUUUUUGAUUUUUGAUUUGUUAAUGAAAAUGGGCUAAAUUAAUCCUACCUACUUCUACUUCCUCUUCCUCUUGUUUUCUAUAUAUAAGCUUCCUCACCAACUCCCCAUUUUCCCCCAUCAGAUCAAAUAGCCAUUUUUCCUCCACUUUCCUCUCACUUUCCCGGAAAAUUUUCCGACCCUCUUUGGUGUUGUAAUGGCGGGCGAGUCGCAGAAAUGGAUACUGACCGUAACUGCUCAGACGCCCACAAACAUAGCCGUCAUCAAGUACUGGGGGAAGAGGGAUGAGACCCUCAUUUUGCCUGUCAAUGAUAGUAUCAGUGUUACCCUUGAUCCCACUCAUCUCUGCACCACUACCACUGUGGCUGUUAGUCCCAGCUUUGACAGUGAUCGGAUGUGGCUUAAUGGAAAGGAGAUUUCACUUUCUGGAGGCCGGUACCAAAAUUGUUUAAGAGAAAUUCGUGGUCGUGCUGGUGAUGUUGAGGAUAAGAAUAAGGGUGUCAAGAUUGCCAAGGAGGACUGGCAAAAAUUGCAUCUACACAUUGCUUCAUAUAACAAUUUCCCUACCGCUGCUGGAUUGGCUUCCUCAGCAGCUGGUUUUGCCUGUCUUGUUUUUGCCCUUGCAAAGUUGAUGAAUGUGAAUGAAGAUCAGAGCAAACUUUCUGCUAUUGCAAGGCAAGGUUCAGGCAGUGCUUGCCGUAGUUUAUAUGGUGGAUUUGUAAAGUGGAUCAUGGGAAAAGAUGAUAAAGGAAGUGACAGUCUUGCAGUUCAACUUGCAGAUGAGAAGCAUUGGGAUGAUCUUGUCAUUGUUAUUGCUGUGGUAAGUUCAAGGCAGAAGGAAACAAGUAGCACCACUGGAAUGCGUGACACUGUUGAAACAAGUUUACUUUUACAGCAUAGGGCAAAGGAAGUGGUACCAAAACGUGUGUUACAAAUGGAAGAAGCCAUAAGAAAUCGUGAUUUUACUUCUUUCGCACAAUUGACCUGUGCCGACAGUAACCAGUUUCAUGCAGUUUGCCUAGACACAUCUCCUCCAAUAUUCUACAUGAAUGAUACAUCCCACAGGAUAAUCAGCCUUGUUGAGAAGUGGAAUCGUUCUGAAGGAACGCCACAGGUGGCAUAUACUUUUGAUGCGGGGCCAAAUGCAGUUAUGAUUGCACGUAACAGAAAAACUGCUGGUCUUUUGCUUCAGAGGCUACUUUUCAACUUUCCUCCAAAUUCUGAUGCAGAUCUGAACGAUUUUGUUAUUGGAGACAAGUCAAUUCUACAAGAUGCUGGAAUUCAGGGGUUGAAGGAUAUUGAAGCUUUGCCACCACCUCCCGAAAUUAAGGAUAACAUUCCAUCUAAGAAAAGCAGAGGAGAUGUGAGUUAUUUUAUCUGUACGAGACUUGGAAAAGGUCCAGUUUUGAUUUCUGACGAGAGCCUAGCUCUUCUCAACCCAGAAACCGGGCUGCCCAAGUAAGUUAGAAUCAUUUCCACCCGCAUUUCUUUUAAUCCAUCUCAGGCCAACAAAAAUGUCUCUUAUCAGCCAGAAGGAGGUUGUUCAAAUGAACUUCUUAUGGUUUCACGGGGUUACUAAAAAACGAUCAACUGAGUUUCUAGGAAAUUUGUAAUUUGUGUUUACUUUUGUCAUGCAUUUGUUGUAACUUACUUUUUGCUCUUUUGAUCCAAUUCUGGAUUUUGUACUGUGUACUUUGACACAAUAAUAAAUAGUUUUAUUGCUCCUUUAGAGAA